AGGCCAUUCUCCUGCCUCAGCCUCCCGAGUAGCUGGGACUACAGGCGCCUGCAACCACACCCGGCUAAUUUUUUGUAUUUUUAGUAGAGACGGAGUUUCACCGUGUUAGCCAGGAUGGUCUCGAUCGAUCUCCUGACCUUGUGAUCCGCCCUCCUCGGCCUCCCAAAGUGCUGGGAGUACAGGCGUGAGCCACUGCGCCCGGCUAGGAGAAUUUCUUGAACCCGGGAGGCGGAGUUUGCAGUAAGCCGAGAUCACACCACUGCACUCCAGCCUGGGUUACAGAGCAAGACUCCGUCUCAAAAAAAAAAAAAAAGAAAGAAAAAAGAAAAAAAGGCGCAAAGGCUCCGUUCAGGCCCUAGAUCCCGCGAUACAAACUUUCUCGGCCCGCCCCAGCCCGCUGUGGCGGGAACAUUCUGGAAGUGACGGCAAUCUCUGCGGCAGUCUUCUGUCGGAAGUGACGUCGCUAUCCCAGAAUCCUCAGAGAAGGAGAAGCGCGUUCGUGCGUCCGAGGUCCAGUACAGCGUGGAGGGCUUAGGCAGCGUGUUCUGAUUCUUUGCGGGACGGCGAGCGCAUUUGUGCUUUGCCCGCCGCGGCCUAGGAGGCCUUUUGAGGGCGCGUAGUCGGUGUUUUUGAAUUGACUCCACAGCUUCUGGCGGGCCGUGCGGCGCCCUGACCCGGCCUCACCAUGUUGGUGCUGUUUGAAACGUCUGUGGGCUACGCCAUCUUUAAGGUUCUAAAUGAGAAGAAACUUCAAGAGGUUGAUAGUUUAUGGAAAGAAUUUGAAACUCCAGAGAAAGCAAACAAAAUAGUAAAGCUAAAACAUUUUGAGAAAUUUCAGGAUACAGCAGAAGCAUUAGCAGCAUUCACAGCUCUGAUGGAGGGCAAAAUCAAUAAGCAGCUGAAAAAAGUUCUGAAGAAAAUAGUAAAAGAAGCCCAUGAACCGCUGGCAGUAGCUGAUGCUAAACUAGGAGGGGUCAUAAAGGAAAAGCUGAAUCUCAGUUGUAUCCAUAGUCCUGUUGUUAAUGAACUUAUGAGAGGAAUUCGUUCACAAAUGGAUGGAUUAAUCCCUGGGGUAGAACCACGUGAAAUGGCAGCUAUGUGUCUUGGAUUGGCUCACAGCCUGUCUCGAUAUAGAUUGAAGUUUAGCGCUGAUAAAGUAGACACAAUGAUUGUUCAGGCAAUUUCCUUGUUAGAUGACUUGGAUAAAGAACUAAACAACUACAUUAUGCGAUGUAGAGAAUGGUAUGGCUGGCAUUUCCCUGAAUUAGGAAAAAUUAUUUCAGAUAAUUUGACAUACUGCAAGUGUUUACAGAAAGUUGGCGAUAGGAAGAACUAUGCCUCUGCCAAACUUUCUGAGUUGCUGCCAGAAGAAGUUGAAGCAGAAGUGAAAGCAGCUGCAGAGAUAUCAAUGGGAACAGAGGUUUCAGAAGAAGAUAUUUGCAAUAUUCUGCAUCUUUGCACCCAGGUGAUUGAAAUCUCUGAAUAUCGAACCCAGCUCUAUGAAUAUCUACAAAAUCGAAUGAUGGCCAUUGCACCCAAUGUUACAGUCAUGGUUGGGGAAUUAGUUGGAGCACGGCUUAUUGCUCAUGCAGGUUCUCUUUUAAAUUUGGCCAAGCAUGCAGCUUCUACCGUUCAGAUUCUUGGAGCUGAAAAGGCACUUUUCAGAGCCCUCAAAUCUAGACGGGAUACCCCUAAGUAUGGUCUCAUUUAUCAUGCUUCACUCGUGGGCCAGACAAGUCCCAAACACAAAGGAAAGAUUUCUCGAAUGCUGGCAGCCAAAACCGUUUUGGCUAUCCGUUAUGAUGCUUUUGGUGAGGAUUCAAGUUCUGCAAUGGGAGUUGAGAACAGAGCCAAAUUAGAGGCCAGGUUGAGAACUUUGGAAGACAGAGGGAUAAGAAAAAUAAGUGGAACAGGAAAGGCAUUAGCAAAAACAGAAAAAUAUGAACACAAAAGUGAAGUGAAGACUUACGAUCCUUCUGGUGACUCCACACUUCCAACCUGUUCUAAAAAACGCAAAAUAGAACAGGUAGAUAAAGAGGAUGAAAUUACUGAAAAGAAAGCCAAAAAAGCCAAGAUUAAAGUUAAAGUUGAAGAAGAGGAAGAAGAAGAAAAAGUGGCAGAAGAAGAAGAAACAUCUGUGAAGAAGAAGAAGAAAAAGGGUAAAAAGAAACACAUUAAGGAAGAACCACUUUCUGAGGAAGAACCAUGUACCAGCACAGCAAUUGCUAGUCCAGAGAAAAAGAAGAAAAAGAAAAAAAAAAGAGAUAACGAGGAUUAACAGAAAGGAAUUACGAUUAUAUCACCCGGACACACAUCAUGCUUAAGAUUCAACUGGGAGCAUACCAGGGAUGCUGUCUAACGUAAUCAAGGGAAGGUUCAGUAAAACAAAGUGAUUAUCAUCUAUAACUUCAAACUUAUUUGUCUUGACAUCAACUCUGUUAACCUUAUGUCAUCAUUUCUUAGAGUCUUUGAUAUACAAAUAAAAUUUUCUUUGUAUUUUAAGAUAA